AUGGCGCUCACGGCAGAGCAAAUCGCCAUCGUCAAGUCGACGGCGCCCGUCGUCAAGCAGCACGGGCGCACCAUCACCACCACCUUCUAUGCCUCCAUGCUCGGCGCGCACCCGGAGCUGCUCAACAUCUUCUCGGUGCGCAACCAGCACACGGGCGCGCAGCAGGCAGCCCUCGCCGACGCCGUCUUUGCCUACGCCGCGCACAUUGACGACCUGGCGGCCCUGCGCGGCGCCGUCGAGCGCAUCGCCCACAAGCACGCCUCGCUCUUCGUCAAGCCCGAGCAGUACGCCAUCGUCGGCGAGCACCUCGUCGGCGCCUUUGCCACCGUCCUGGGCGACGCCCUGACCGACGACGUCAAGGACGCCUGGAUCGCCGCCUACGGCCAGCUGGCCGACGUCUUCAUCCAGCGCGAGAAGCAGCUCUACGACGGCUCCGGCCCCGAGUGGCAGUCGUGGCGCAAGUUUGUCGUCGCCCGCCGCCGCGUCGAGUCUGACGACGUCGUCAGCCUGUACCUGCGGCCCAAGGACGGCACGCCCCUGCGCAGCUUCAAGCCAGGCCAGUAUGUCAGCGUGCAGGUGCCCGUGCCGGAGCUCGACGGCGUGCUGCAGAGCCGGCAGUUCAGCAUCAGCUCCGUCCCGGCCGAGGGCCUGCCGGAGCUGCGCGUCAGCGUCAAGCGCGAGCGCCUCCCCGACGGCGCCACCGCCCAGGACAUGGCCGAGGGCCGCGUGCCGGGCCUCGUGUCCAACAAGCUGCACGACCAGUACCCCGAGGGCAGCGAGGUCGAGGUGAGCCCGCCGCACGGCGAGUUCUACUACGACGCCGCCGAGGUGAAGCCCGACGCGCCCGUCGUGCUGCUGUCGGUUGGCGUGGGCGCGACGCCCGUCGUGUCCAUUCUCGAGACGAUGUUGCGGGCCGGGGAGCGGCGGCCCAUCAGCUACAUCCAUGGCGCGCGGCACGCGGGAGCGGUUCUCUUCGGCGACGAGGUCAGGGAGGCGACGGCCAAGCACGACAACGUGCGGCGCGUCGUCUUCGUCAAGACGGUGGCGGGCGGGGACCGCGUCGGCGACGACUACGACGUCGAGGGCCGCAUGGACCUGGCCAAGGUGGGCGAGGAGCUGCACCUCGACAGCCCCGAGGCCGAGUACUACGUCUGCGGGCCCGAGGGCUGGAUGCUCGAGACGCGCGACUGGCUCGCCGAGAGGGGCGUGCCGGCCGAGAGGCUGCACAUGGAGCUGUUCCGGACGGGCAACCUCUGA